UAUUAAUGCGUAUAGUUGGGUCAACGGAUCUUUGCGUGCACGUCACAAAACUAUGAUUAACAUCAAAUCAAUUCCCUUUUAUACGCUCUCUUUCUAACUUAAGCAAGACAAUUCGAAGAAAUACUGAACGUAUGUCUUCAUAGUUAUCCGACAUACGGUCGGAGCUAAAGUUAUGUGUAAGACAAGGAAAACCCCUAGCCAAGGAUCACUCAAGUUUCUUUUCUAAACAUUUAAAGUCAAUGCCGGCGAACGCAAAAAUAAAUCGAUUAUUUAUUUUCGGGUUCUCGUUUUAAAAGAAAUGUACUAAAUUUAGUAUAUUUUUUUAAUAAAGGUACACUGGUGUUCACUUCAUACUAACUUCAUUUGCAUUAUAAUUUCUUGUUUUUAUUUUAUAAGGGAUCCAAGAACUACAUCCUAUUAAAAAAAAAGACAGCUUUUCCUUUAUAAUUUCCUAAAAAAAGUAACUUGUACUACAAUUUAGUACAUUUUGUGGAGACGUGCGUACAUCUGUAAAACCCUGGCAGCAUCCAUGCAUGACAUUUUUGUCAUUCGGUGUUUAUGUUUAUGAUUUUGUCAUUUUGUCAAAAAGUUAGGGAAAGUUGUUUUGUAUCUUUAUUUUCUUUGGACAUCGUUUAUUGCGACUAGCUUUUGUGAAAACUUUUUGUGAUUUAACAACAGUUCUUUCCAAAAUUUAUUUUUCGUGAUUCGUUAAUAUAAUUUAACAUUAACAUUGAAAUGCCAGGAAAACGUUUAAAUUCUCAAGCACGUAUCCUUGUUGGAAAUCUUAUCUCUUAUUUUACGUCUGAAAAAGAGAAUAAGGGGCCACUAAUUUCCCUGAAUGCUGUUCAAGAGAGAGUUGCUGAUGCCUUGAAGAUCAGUCUAAGAACGGUUUCAAGCAUUAAAAUGUCUAAAGAUCGAAAUGAGCUACCCUCAACACCGGGAAAGAACAGACCUCGAAAAAAAUGUAAAACUCAAGACUUGAAUGAAGGUUUGAAGAUGGAGGUUCGCAAUAUUCUGUAUGACUUGUAUGCACAAAAGAAACAAGUUACAAUUAAUAAACUAAACGAGGAGUUGCGUCGCAGAGAAAUUGUUGACAUAAGUUAUGGAAGUCUUCGAACACUCCUUUUUAGUUUGGGAUUUAAAUACAAAAAGGAUGAUAACAGACGAGCAUUAAUGGAGACAUCCAAUAUAGCUUCUAUGAGAGCAGCCUUUUUCAGAAAAUACAUGGAAAACAAAAAUUCGCAAUUUCCUCGUCAACUCGUAUUUUUAGAUGAAACGUGGAUCUUUUCCAAAGGCAGUAAAAUGAGAUCAUGGCAGGAUGAUAGUGUUAAGAGUGUUCGUAAGCCAGGUGGUUUUGAUGGCAAACGUUUCAUUGUAUUGCAUGCCGGACACUGUGGAGGGUUUGUUAAAAAUGCUGGUUUAAUUUUUGCUUCAAAAUCUAAGAAAAUGGAUUAUCAUGGGGAAAUGAAUGCAGAAAUGUUUACAAAGUGGGUAGAAAACCAGCUCAUCCCAAAUUUAGAAGAACCUUCCCUUAUUGUAAUGGAUAAUGCUCCAUACCAUUCUGUUGAGUUAGAGAGACAGCCAUCAUCCUCAUGGAAGAAAUAUGAAAUUGUUGAGUGGUUGGAGAAAAGUAAUAUACCUUAUGAUAAAAAAAUGUUUAAACCUGAACUAUUAAGCAUAGCAAAAAUUCACAAAAAAACAAAACAAUAUAAAAUAGAUAAAUUAUUACAAGAAAAUGGUCAUGAAGUAUUAAGAUUACCACCUUACCAUUGCCAGUUUAAUGCAAUUGAAAUGAUAUGGGCAGAUUCAAAAUAUUUUUACAAUGCCCACAUUGGUGAAAAUGGACAUAAAGAUGAAAAUGUGCUAGAUAUGUGGAGAAAAGCAUUAGAGAAAUGUACACCAGAAAUAUGGCAUGCUAAGGUGGUUCACACUGAAAAAUUAAUCGAAGACUGGUAUGAUAGGGAAGUCAUUAUUGAAGAAGUACCCCAAAUGUUUAUCAAUGUCAGUGAUGAGGAAAGUUCAGAAGAUAGUGAGAGUGGGGAGAACUAAAGUGGACUACGUACAUUUUUCAAAUUUUUUAAUUUAAAUACUAUCCAUGCUAUUUUUAAACAAAUAAUUGUACUGAUCCAAGUUACUUGUAAAAUUAAUAAAUUAUUUUUCAUUUUCAUUAAAUUUAUUAUCUGUUGGAGGUAUUAUUUAACAAAAUAUUUAGACUUUUUGUUUUAACCUACUUUCUAUAAUAGUAAUUUGGGUAAAAUCUUGUAAAGUUAGAUAUCUAAUACUGUAUAGAACUUGAUUUCAAUAUAUUAGUUAACAACUCAAUAUUUCGAUCACCAAUUAUUGUCCUCUUGUAACAACUAUCCUAUUGAAUUAUACUGUAUAGGCAUACUAUUGUUCUGUAUUUUCCCCUUUUUAUGACCUUUUUCCAUAAACAAUUAUUUAUUCUAAUUUAAAAACGUCCAAAAACUUUACAAAUAUUUUGGAAAAGAAAUUAUAUUAUUUCUUUUAAGUAUGAAAUAAAAUGCCGCUGGCACUGGUGGUAGUUUGACGACUGAUUGAUUCGUAUGACGUUAGGUGACAUCAGAUUAUGACGUGCACGCAAAGAUCCAUUGAUCCAACUUGUAUAGAU